AUGAGUUUGGCGGUCGCAGGGUCAUGAUAGUUCAAAGAGGCUCCUUUCCCUGCAUGAAAGAUGAUCACCCGCACACACGUCCAUCUUGAUUAAUUGCACCGAUGUGAGACAGUUGGUUAAAUGCAGCGUUUUAACUCGCCAGUCAGUCUGAAACAUAACGAAACGGAGGCGAAUACAGCUGGGAAUCGCUGGAGAAUAAUUGCGUGGCCCAGCUUAUUACACGUCUACGCUUGGCUUUGUUCUGUAUUUGCAGUGGUAAUCUCCUUGUGGAAUCUUGUUAGCCAACGUCAAGUACACAAGCUGCUGUGAUAAUCAAAGAGUCAGCCACUGGUACCCUUUGAGCUUUAAACAAUAAAGGAGGUUUUAUCACAUCUAGAGGUUUUAUUCCUGAUGUGGAUAAAGAUGCAUACUGCUCUUGCUAUCUUCGUUUCUUGGGUGAUUUUCAUUAGUGAUGUUUACACGAUCAAGUGGCUAUCACUCAAUGUUGCGGAAGAUUAUGCAUGGAAGAGGUCAGAUUGCACUAAAGAAAAUCUGAAUGGAAGAUUGGCUCGUUUCUGCAGAAAACACCUGACAGAAAUGGCCUUUUUCCCACUGGCAAUGGCAAAAACCAAGUAUUAUUGCAAAGAUGUAUUUAGAUUUAGAAGAUGGGAUUGCACAACAAUUGACAGAGACCAUCAUGGUGUUGAUUUAAGAGAAGAUACAAAAGAGUCUGCAUUCGCGCAUGCACUUUUCUCUGCAUCAUUAGCACAUUCUGUUGCAAAAGCUUGCAUGGAUGGCAAGGUUGCUGGCUGUUCAUGUGCGAAGAAACCCGCGUAUCUUCCCGAGGGUAAAAGUAUAAACGAUCUUCGAUUCAGCAGCUGCACAAAUUUCUUAUCAAUUGGCAUCAGAUUCGCUCAACGAUUUGCCGAUGCUGGGUUUAAGAAGAAAAAGAAGAAUGCAAAGCAUAUAUCAAGUGAACUCAAGCAACACAAUAGCAGGAUUGGAAGAGAGGCUCUGAUCAGCCCAGACAACAUACAUUGCCGCUGCCAUGGCGUGUCUGGAAACUGCGCAGUAAAAAGUUGCUGGAAAAGAAUACCAUUCAUGACCAACAUUGCAUUGAAGUUGAGAAAACUGUACGACAAUGCAGCAAUGGUCGUUUACGACAACUUGAAACGUCGUUUUGUAUCAAAAUGGCUGGGAACUGAUAUCAAUCGAAAUCAACUGAUAUACGCCUAUGAAUCUCCUAAUUACUGCAUUGCAAACCGCGAUCUGGGUGUUAGUGGCACUCAAGGAAGAUCAUGCAAUCACACAGCCACCGGGUACAAUAGCUGCGAAGUACUUUGUUGUGGUAGGGGUGUUAAGGUACAGCGCACUGCAGUGGUCGAGAGAUGUCGCUGCAAAUAUGUUUGGUGCUGUUAUGUCAAGUGUAAAGAGUGCAGUCGAUCAUAUGACGAAUACAUAUGCAAAUAGAAGACCGUCGAAAUCUUAUUCGUGUCUUUUGGGGCGAUCACCUUCAACGCGCCAAAACCACCUUAAAGGUGGUAUUAUUGUGGCAUACUUGAUCUGCCUUGCUUCUGCAUGUCGCUCUUCAAUUUAUUGUCGAGGAAAAAACAAACUGUUAGUCCAUGAAAAUCUCUGCAGUAUAAAUGGAAAUUUGCACCAUGGACAUAGGCAGUAUGGUGAUAUGCUUAAUGUAAAAAUGCCUAUUUGCUAUAAACGUAAAUAAUGACUAAGCUAUUGAAGUAAAAGGCAAAUUGCAUUCGUUGCUGCAUAAAUGUACAUAAGGAGAGUUCCGAAGUACACAAGUAGCAAGGGGUAUUAUAUUUAUCUCAAAAUAAGAAUUUGUCCAUGUACCAUAUAGAAGUACUUUUGAUUUCAAUGAAAACUAGGCCAUUUUCUUUUUUUCCAGUCACGAUUAUUUCAAAUUACUUAAAUGUUGUUUUAAGCACAAAGAAUUUUCUAGAAUGUUCCAUUCACUUUGAAUUCUUUAAUAAUUCACCAGUCUGUGGUUUUACAUCUGUCAUAUCUUUAUAUAAUUCUUCUGAAACUCAUGUUACAAUUAUUCUGGAAAUUAAAACCUUCAAGAAGUUGCUAGAAAUUAAUUAAAAUUGAUAUUACGAUAGCAACUUGUAAUACUAUUUACCCUUAAAAAUCUUAUCAAAAAUGUUGAGCACCAUUUUUCACUGGUUAUUUAUUCUUUAUACUGUUUCAACAAUGGAUAUAAUUUCCUAAUAGUGGUCCCAGGGUAACCUUGUUCCCCAGUUCUCAAAUUUAUUUUAGGAAUUUCUUUUGCUCUUUAAUGUUCUUCCGUAAUGCUCUUUAUGAUUUUCAUAAGCCAUCGGGUCCCUUGAGUAGAAGACAUUUACUUUUCUAGACGAAUACUCUCUAAAGUAUGCAUUUGAUUUCCUACUAAAAUUAAAGCUUACACAGGUCCUCGAUACUUGUGAUAAUGUGUGAUAACGACGAAAUGAAACGAAUCGACUUGGAA